UUCGCGCACGAGCCUUCAGUCGACGAGCCGCGCUGCUCGCGCGCUUACCUCUACUACACCUUUAUAUUCUGUUAUAACACUGGGAUAGAGUGUUUUUGAAUUUUCAAUCUGCAAAGUGACGAGUAUAUAAUGAAAACAAUGAAGAUGCCGGGCUUGCUGCUGCUGAUCGCGGCGACGAUCGGAUGCGCUCUGGGAGAGCCUGACCAGGAGGAGCUGGCCGCUACGGUGAAGCUUCUCCAGGAGCAGAUGAGCGCGCUGCUGCUGCACCGGCAGCAGGACUACGACGCCCUCGAGCUGAGCUUAAAGGAGUCGAUCGAGAAGAACACCGAGCUCAUCGUACUCAGGAACGAGCUCAAACAGCUGAGGAGGGAGCUGACCAUCCUGUCGUCGGAGCCUCGCGUCAACGGCGCCGCGGACAGCGAGUCGUCGAAGGCCGGAAUCGCACCGGCCGGAAACGAGAUGAAGAACGAGCGAUUACGCGUCCGCUGGCUGGGCUCGGCGGUGAACGAGCUGAGAACCGAGCUCAGCCAACUCCUGCGAGCUCGGAACACCUCCGAGGAAUUGGCCGAACGAUCUCGACUCAGCUCCGGUAUCCAACUGCUCAGGACUGACGUUUCCGGGAUGGACAGAACCAUGAGGGAACUCGCCACGAGGGUGACCAGACUCGAGGCUGGACUGACCACCGUCAGGCUGGACAUCGUCGCUGCUAAAGAGAGGAACAGCCUGCCCAGCGACACCUGCGCCGAACUCGCCGAUCAGCUGAGCGGCCUGCAGCUCGAGCUCAAGUCCCUCUCGAUCAAGUGCGAGACUGGCUGCGGACGCCACGGAGCAUCGUCCCAUCACAGCUCGGCUAAGCUGGCGCAUCAUCGACUCGACGAGCGACUGAACAAGCUCGAGCACAAGAUCGGUCUGGUCUCGCGCAAGCGCGGACACCUGCUGGAGGUCGCUCGCGCGGCCCUCGGCUCCGAGGCGAGACUCACCGGACGCUUGGAGCUGGUGGAGUCAAGGCUGAGCAACGUGAGCGCCGCCAACCGCGAGCUGGCCGGCAAGAGCGAGUCGAUGUUCCAGACCCUGGCGGCGAACCAGACCAAGGCCGCCAGGUCCGUCGGACAGCUGGAGCUCGGAGCGGCGAGGCAGACUGCCGAGCUGGGAGUGGCUCGCGAGGAACUGGCCAGUCUCAAGCGGGCCGUCCAGGCGCUGUCCGUCAGCGCCUCGAAGCUCCAGGAGAAGAGCGAGGCGCAGCAGGUCACGAUCAACCGACUCCAGGCCAUGAGCUCCGCACCGGCUAGCAUCGAGAGACUCGGCCGGGAACUCGAGCACGUGGAGGACGAGUACAGGCUCAUGGUGGACGGUCUGCCAGCCGGAUGCGAGGACGCCAGGGACGGUCUCAGCCUCCUGGCUCCGGGUCCCGGUGCGCCGAUGCUCGCUGCCUGUCGCAAGGGCGGCUGGAUCCUCGUGGGCCGCAGGACCGACGGCAGCCUCGACUUCGACCGCAGCUGGGACGAGUACGCCCGGGGCUUCGGGUCACCGCUCGCCGAGUUCUGGGCCGGAAACGAGGCCCUGCACCGACUCAGCCGCGGCAACUGCACCAGGCUGCAAGUCCGGAUGACCGACAUCGAGGGCGAGCACUGGGUGGCCAACUACGAGGACUUCGGCGUCGGCAGCGAGGACAGCGGCUACAGGCUCAGGGUCGACGGAUACUCCGGCAACGCCACCGACGCCAUGGCCUAUCAGAACAACAUGGCCUUCAGCGCCAAGGAUCGAGACAUGGACAUCAGCUCGACCGACUGCGCGGCCAACUAUCACGGAGGCUGGUGGUUCAGUCACUGCCAGCACGCGAACCUCAACGGAAGGUACUCUCUCGGACUGACCUGGUACAGGUCGGACAGCAAUCAGUGGAUGGCCAUCGCCUCCGCCGAGCUGUUGCUGCAGAGGAAGGAACACUGCAAACACCAGAUGCGAUAAUAUUGCUCGAUAUUAUUGUAGAUAUGUUCUCAUGCCAACCGCACUCUACAGUUUUCAUUUUUACCAUUUUUUUUUUUUAUAAUGUAUUUAUUCGACGUAUUUAUUAUAUACUUCGUCUACUAGUUGAGAGGGAUUAGGCCGGUUCUUCCCCGCAACUUUGCGCAGCGCCCUCUGCGCAAGUUUGCGCGUGGAAUUUGAAUUUCUGAAGUUCCUAUAAAACUGUUCGCCGUUGUAAAGUAGGUAUCGUAAGUUGUGCGUGACGAACAGUUUUGUAUAAUUUCCACGAAGGCUUAAUCUCUCUAUUGUACUUAUAUAAUUAUUCGGACAGACGCACGGUCGAAGUGAGCGUACCGCAGACUGACGAAAUCUGAUUCGUUCAAAUUUUGCUCAGAGUCAUUGCGCGCAUAUACUUCUCCUUGAUCGGUAGCUCUGUCAUUCGCUCGAACCAAAGAUUUAAUUGUAAUGCUCAAUGUCAUCGGCGAUAUCUAUAGUGUAAAUAUAUUAACUCGUGCGCUGCGACGACUAUUUCUUAUAACAUCGUGUAUAAAUACGCAAGGAAUCUGUUUAUUUUAAGGUAGACUUCGAAAUCGAUUUAUCAUAUAAAAAAUUUAUUAAAAUUCAUCAUGUAAAAGUCCCCAAACGAAAAUAAAAUAUUUUAUACCUACACGUUUUUCUAUUUUUACUCACUAUAGUUGUCAAUGAACGAGGUAGAAAUUUUUUGUAAAUCAGCAACUACAACAUCCUGUGCUGUGUUCGAUAAAUGAUUGGAUCACAAACGUAAAUACAUUGAAAUGCAGGUUUGAAAAGUACUUAAAUUAAAUUAUGAUGGUUAUGCAAAAAUAAUGUGGGGUGGUUCGUUUAAAACGUAACAGCAUAUAUGGCAUAUAAAUUUGUUUAUUAUCAAGUUAUUUGUAUAAUAUAUUUAAAACAAUAUUAUUCUACAACAUUGCAUAAAAAUAUACAAAGACAUGAAAAAAUGUCUUGUCUCUCGUACCUUCGUAGAAAGUGUGUGCAAGUGUAUAAGUGUGUGUCUCAUCAACACAUAAUAAUCAUUAUAAUCCUUCAUAUCUGCCGAUCGUCUUCGCUUAAUUUCCAUAAUUACAAGAUACAGUUUUAAAAUUUUAAUAAAAGCUUUAGCUGAAUUUCUCUAGUUUUUGAUAAAUUAGCUAUAUUUCUUUAAUUUUGUUUUACAAUAUAGAGAACACAAA